GACAUCGUGAUUACAGACAAAUUUAUUUCUAUAAUAAAUCUGUAAUAACGUCAAUAAUCACGUCAAUCAAUUCUUCCUUCAAUUCAAUCAAUUUCAAUGUUUUCUCCCAAUUAGAAAAUGCGCUGGUCUGCAAGAAGAGGAACUCAUUCGUAUUUCUGUGUUUAACGCGCUGUUUCACCAGUGAGAUAACUAGAGGGAGAAAGCACGAAGGGUGAAGUAUUAUUUCUUUACCCGAUUCAAAUACUUCAUUAAUGUGCCGCUGCAUAUGCAGUCUUAAUUUUUUCUACUAAAACCGAAAAAAGUCUUAUUUCAAUCAAUCAGUCAAACCGCAUGCUGAGGUUCCUUAGAUUCCUCGUUGCUGUUACUCACGUUACGGAGCUACUGAUAAUGAUAACUUUAUCAUUCAAAUGUUUUCACUGUAUUCAGUUUAAAGACGUUUUAUUAUUUAAUAAAGGAUCUCGUUACUUCAUUGCUGCCGAGAAGAGGAAUACUUAUAGUGUUCACCAUGAAUUAUUUUAGAAUUCAAAAGUCAAUUCUAGGUUUUUCAAAGUUGCAUUACAUAAGUGCCAGAUGUUUUAGUGAUGCACAUACCAAAAUUAGAAACAGUUAUUAUUUCAUGCCUGGGGACAUUAUGCUUUCUAGCCUUCGGCUAGGAGAUAUCGUGGAUGUGAGCGCAGAUAAGUGUGGUGAUCAUACUGCAGUCAUUUCAGUUCAUCAAAACAUAUCCAAGACAUAUUCGAAAUUAAGAGAUGAGGCUGAACGAUUAGCUUCUGGUUUAUUAUCCAUUGGCUUAAGAAAAGGCGACAGAAUCGGUCUAUGUGCGCCAAACUGUUACGAAUGGCCUUUGACACAAUUUGCUGCAGCCAAAGCUGGUUUGAUUUUGGUGAACAUUAACCCUGCAUCUCAAAGUAUGGAAUUGGAGUUCUGCUUAAAAAAGGUUGAUUGCAAAGCACUUGUAAUACCUGACGUUUUCAAGACACAAGAUUAUUAUAAGAUCCUUUGUAACAUUAUACCAGAUUUACCACGAAGUGCACCUGGAAAAUUGCAAAACAGCAAGUUGCCAAGUUUGGAAAGUAUAAUAAUGAUUUCUGAUCAUCACAAUGAUGGAGUACUUAAUUUGAAAGAUGUCCUUGAUGGAGGCAACAAAGAAAGUGAUGCGCUGCUGUCAAAAAUUGAAAAGUCAAUACAGUUUGAUGAUCCUGUAAACAUUCAGUUCACAUCCGGAACAACAGGUACACCUAAAGGCGCAGUACUUACGCACCAUAACGUUAUGAAUAAUGCUCUACUUUCAGGGAAAAGAUAUGGAUUUGAUUUAAAGAGACCCAUAUCGCUUUGUCAUCUACCGCUGUUCCAUUCAUUUGGAUGUGUGCAAGCUUCUUUAGCAACUUAUUUUUUUCAAGGCACAUGUGUUCUCCCAACAGGUGGUUUUGAUGCUGUUGCAAGCUUGAAAGCUAUUGAAAAACACAAAUGCUCUAUCCUAUUUGGAACUCCAACCAUGUACGUGGAUUUGAUUCGUAACUUCCAGCUUGACAGGUUUGAUAUAGCAACCUUAAAACAAGCUGUUGUAGGAGGCGCUGCACCCCCUGCCAGUCUUGUGAGAGAUUUCAAACAAAUUCUUGGCAUAACAGAUGCUAUGGUCGGAUACGGAGCAACUGAAACAAGUCCUGCUAUUUGCAUCACUAAACGUGAUGAUUAUUUUGAAAAUAUAGUCAAUGGAGUAAUGAAGCUAAUAGAAUAUUCCGAAGCGAAGAUCGUUGACAGUAACGGAGAAGUAGUUCCAGUAAAUACUCAAGGUGAACUUUGUGCUAGAGGACAUGUCACAUUUUUAGGAUAUUGGGAUGAGGAAAAGAAAACAGCAGAAGUUUUAGAUAAAGCACGUUGGUAUCACACAGGAGACCUUGCAACUAUGAACGAAUAUGGGUUUGUAAAAAUUGUCGGAAGAAUAAAAGAAAUGAUUAUCCGAGGCGGAGAAAACAUAUAUCCUCAAGAAGUUGAAAAUUUCUUAAACUCUCACCCAGCUGUUCUCGAAGUUCAUGUUUGUGGCGUUCCCGAUCAAAGAAUGGGCGAAGAAGCAUGUGCUUGGAUUUGUCUUAAAGAAGGCAUGAACCUUACUGCAGAACAAGUGAAAGAAUUUUGUAAAGGAAAGAUAAGCCAUUUCAAGAUUCCUCGAUAUAUAAUGUUUGUUGAAGAAUUUCCAAAGACGCAAUCUGGAAAAGUGAAGAAGUUUGAAAUGUCGAAGAUUUCAAUUGAAAAACUAAAACUGUGAUAUAAAAGUUGUACAGAAUAAACUUUUUCAAUUUGUUUCCCCAAAGAAGAUUUACAUAGUUUUUUAAUAAAGUUUUU